GGCAAAAUAAAGGAAGGUGCAAUCCCCUCCCCUCACACCUCUAAGGAUGAAUAUUAUGGUUGUAUGGUGGUUGCAGGCACUAGGGUAUAGCCUACAAUUAACCGUCUGAUACAGAAUUUUCAGAAAAUGUCUUAGAAACAAUUACCUAGCAUAUAUAGUGGAACGUGAAGUUAUUGCUAUACAGGCUUCAUCAGCUAUUGUAGGCUACGCGAGACAGCAUGUGUACUGGGGAUAUUCUACAGAGACUACAUCACCCAUAAUACAUUGGGGGCACUCGCGCGCACACACGGAAGGUUUGGACAAAAGCGUUGGCAAUUAGUCAGACGGAGACGACUUCAGAUCUCAGCAGAAGCUGAAUUCAGCAGCAGCAAGAGAAAUCCCCCAUUUGACUAAAACUUUAUUGAGCAGCCUGGGCUCGGUCUGUAAUUACCUCAGCAGGAGACUGCAGCAAGGUGACGAGGUUGCCGCACUGCCUGAAUCUUCUUGGGCAUGGAGUUCACCAGAGCUUCACUGUGACUGGAACCAUGGCAACAUCGUGGAGCUGGUGGAUGUUCGAGACCUUGCACUCCUCCACCUUCCGUUUGGCAUGCUCUUGAAGGUAUAUACCCGGCAGUGACAUUAACUUCUUUGACUACAACACCAUGACUACUCUCCGCUUUGGACAGCACGUCAUCAAGGCCUCGGCUGUCUUCCUUCAGACAGAGCUGUCGUUCGCCUUGGUCAACCGCAAACCAGUGGUGCCUGGACAUGUUUUAGUGUGCCCUCUGCGUCCUGUGGAGCGCUUCCGUGACCUCCGCCCGGACGAGGUGGCCGAUCUAUUCAGCAUGACGCAGCGCGUGGCCAGCGUUGUGGAGAAGCAUUUCUGCGGCACCUCUUUGACCAUUGCCAUGCAGGAUGGCCCUGAAGCUGGACAGACUGUGAAGCAUGUCCAUGUCCAUGUGCUGCCAAGGAAGACUGGAGACUUUGAAAGGAAUGAUAGCGUCUACGAUGAGCUCCAGAAACACGACAAGGAAAAUGAAGAUGUUCCUUCUAAGUGGCGAACAGAGGAGGAAAUGGCAGCAGAAGCUUCAGCCCUGAGGAAACUCUUCAGUUAGCCUUCUCUGGUAAACCACACUGAUGAAGGGCAGAUAGAAAUAUUAGUCCUUAGACCCAGAGAGAGCUUUGAAAUAUUAGGCCCCAUUAGGUGUAUGAUCGUGUAUACAGCUUUAGUCCUCCCUUCAGAAGAGCAACUGGAUGCGCUUUGGAAAUGCAUCACCUUUGUCCAUCUGUGGAAACAUCACAGUUUUCUUUUCUAACUGUUCACUGAAAAGAUUCAUUAUUAUUCAAUAAACAGUUGACUGUGUGGAAAUAUGUUUUGUCCUGUUGUACAGACAUGUUCCUUUUUUAAGAACAUUUGAUGUUCAUCUUGCUGUGAUGUUUGAUUGACAUGCUGAUGCCACAUGGUAUUAGCACUUAUUUUUGUUCUAAUAUAAAUAAUAUAACAGAGAAUCUGUGUCACUACAGACAUUUUCUUUUCAGUGCUUGAAAAACAAAUUCUGUUUGAAUUGUUGUAUUGAUUAUCAUAACUUAGAAGGGAAGAUGAUGGACAGAUGGUUUGUGAUGGAUACAUGGAGGAUUAUCCUGAAGGAUAUGAUGGCUGGAUGAUUUCUGAUGGAUAAAUGUCCAGUGUAUGCAGAAGUGUUGCAACCUUCAAAAACUGACUCAGGAAACUGUAUUCAUGUAGAAAAUAAUGUCUUGUUCUAGUGUAGUAAGAUGAGGAACAUCAGAUGACCAAUGACACGACAUGCCAUUUAUACUGACUAAACGGAUGCUAUACGCAUGCCUGAGCAAUGUUUAGAUAGUUCAUAGCUUUGUGUGCUAAUCAAGUUACUAGGGCCCAGUUUUAAACAAUACCAUGAUCCACCAAGGCCAAGUUUAGUGCAACACAUUAAAAGAGUUUAGGACAGAAAAUCUAUCAUGCAUAGCUCAGCAGAGCAGACACAGAGCAAAACUACUUUGGGUACAUCCGAGGAUAUCUCGGCUACGUGUGGAGCCUGUGAUGGCUGUGAACCCCAAGACUAGCCUUCUCGUCCAUCCCUCUCGGCAUUACCAUCUUAGCGCGCUCCCUUUUCAAUCAUUAAUGAGAAUGUCCAUUAAUUAGUAUGCAUGUGGAGAAAAGUGGGAUAUCCUAAAAGCAGAUUGGCUAUAAUUAGCUAUCAGAAGUGGAUGUUUAAUAAAGAGCGCUUGCUUGGAGUGGUCUUUUCAAUUAAAAACCGAACAUCCAGUCCAGUCAUUAAAUGGAUCUUUCUAUAGGAGCGUUAUUUACUGAUGUAUAGCUUAAUUACUGUUCUGGCAUGGUUAUAGGUCUAACGACGUUGACAUAUUUCAAAGGAUUAUGAGGUCACUGUUAUAAUGCGGUAAUGAAUCACAUUAUGCCUUCACACUGUUGCAAUUUCACACCACACUUAGUGUUUAUAGAAGACGUUUGAUUAAUAGCGUAGUUUUAAUGCGCCAUUGAACCUCCCUUCCACACAUUGUAGUCAGGGUUGUUAUUAGAUGCAUAUAAUCCUUAAUAAUCAAUGUCAGUAUGUUUGCAAACAUUUAUCCUUCCGCAGGCCUAAUCCAAAGACUAAUAUGCAUAAGUACAACACAUUUUGAGAGGAACUGUAAAGGCUUCUCCUGUACUUUGAUGAGGAUGGGUUUGCUGAAACAAUACAACAGGUUUAGGCUAAAGAUGCCUCUUGAAUGGCUUAAUUUGAAUAACUGUCAUUCAAAUGUCCUUGAGGCAGUGUUUUUUUCUUUUUAAGUGCUCCUGUUGUUCAGCAAGCAUGCCAAAUAAAAUGAGAGAGAGAGAGAGAGCGAGGGGGAAAAACAUCUCUCUCUGAUCUGAACUCUCAAUAAGCUAAGCUUAUUAACAUAAUGGAUCCAUGAGGUAAACACAAUAUGCAUAUGAAGAGAGUGAGUGCUAGUUCUGGUGCAAACAUAUGGCUCUCCCAUCACGGCAUGGCCUCCACCCACAUAGAUCAUAUGGAUGUGCUAAGAGUCUCGCUCACUGGUGAGUCGCUCACUCACAGAAUAUCGCUGGGGAAGCUGGCCGCACCCCUGCACGUUGGCAACAUUAUUAACAGAUAAUGGGCUCACAGUGGAGACACAUUUUGUGCUUUAACUAAAUGGAUGUGUCUGUCCAUUAUGUACGUGUGCUUUAGGUGUGGAGGCGUAAUGCUCUCCCCUCUCUGUCCCCUACAUGUUCACCAUUAGCUGCAUCAUUCCAAGGGUAGGAAUAGAAUGGGUUAGGGGAUGAACACCGCCACCCCAUUAAUGGUCACACCAUCGACUUCUAGACAUGAAGUUCCACAUACUGUAGCAUUGUUCAGGGGUUAAUGGGAUGCUCCCUGCAUUAUUUCAAGACAUGUGAGACCAAGCCAUGUUGCAGGGUAGUAUGCAUGGCACACAGGGUAGCAGGGUAGUAUGCAUGUUACAGGGUAGUAUGCAUGUUGCAGGGUAGUAUGGCUUUUUAUGGCACACAUUUUUGGAGGGAUAGAGGGAGGAGGCGCAACACAUACUUACAUUCUAACACAUAACACAACACAUUCUAAUUCACAUUCUUUCUGUAAAUUUGAGUGUGUUGAAGUUGGUAGUCAAUGCCAUUUUUGAAAGAUGCUUGACAUUGCAUCAGCUGGCAACAUUAGGAUAAUGUUGAUAUGCGUCAUUUGAAAAAUUCAAAGGGCUCAUUAAUAAUUGAAAAGAAAUAUGGAUAUUCACGUUAGAGAAUUCAAUUUCAUCAGAUUCCACAUGAAAGUGUUUCAAAUCGACACAGCUAAUUUACCUUUCACAGUUUUUAUUAGCUUGUGCAGAAUUGAGGCCUUCCCACCAUUGUGCAUAUCUGUGCAUACUUUGUAUUCAGUGUGUCUUAUGUGGUGUAGUGUGAGUGUAUAUCUACAUGACUCCCUAUGGAAUUAACAUUACUUUUUUAUUAAACAUUCAUUAAAGUU